AUGCCUCCAAAGACGUUGGCGAAGACAGCGAAGACUUCUACUCGCAAACAGAUUGUAAAGCAAGUCGGAAGAACAAAGGCUACCCCGAAGCAUCCUUCACCAGUAUCUGACACGCUCAGACGGUUCUUCACUUCACUUUGUGCACAAAUCGACGGCGGUCACUUCAACAAUGCAAUCAAGACAUGCGACAAGAUACUCCGGCUGGAUCCACACGACGAGGAUGCCUUGCAGACAAAGUUGUUCUUGCUCCUCCAGACCGAGCAAUAUGGUACCGCAUUGAUGCUGAUUAGCGACGACGGUGCAUUCGCAGGCUAUGAUUUUGAGAAGGCAUAUUCCUUAUAUCGGCUUCACCGUGAGUCAGAAGCGGUGGACGUGCUGGGUGUGAUUAAGGAGAAAGAUGAUUCCGACAACAGAGGGGUGCGACAUUUGGAGGCUCAGUUGGCCUACCGGCAAGACUCAUACCAAACCUCGUUCGACCUGUACAAUCAACUUCUUGACACAGCGGAGCCGCGGUCAGAGGAACAGUCUGAUAUUUUGACCAACCUCGAGGCAUCGCAGAAGCAUCUCGACUUCAUCAACAUAGACUUCCUCCAUGUCCUGGACACGCUACCGUCUUCACUGACAAGCGGCCUUGAGUCUGCCCCACCUCCACAGCCCUUGAGCUCUCUGGCUACUGCCCUGGCAGUUGCCACGGUGACUUCAAAUACCCGUGCAGAAGACGAUUCUGCGAGGAAAGUGAACACGGUGCGGAAGCGUGUGCCAGCAGGCGUGGUUCCUGGCGUCACACCUCCACCAGACCCGGAGAGGUGGCUCAAGAAGAGCGAGCGCUCAACGUUUGGUCAGGGGAGCAAAAGGCGGAGAGGUGGGGGAGGAGCAACACAGGGCUUGGUGGAGAGUGGGGGAACUGCAGGGCAUCAAGGAGGCAAGAGCGGUGGAACGGGCAGAGGCAAGAAGAAAAAGUGA